AUGGGUAAAAAUGGUGAGGGCAAUCAAGAUGCUGAGGAAUUUGAAUCUAUAAAACCAAAUUUAUCGGGUGGUGAUGUCUCAAAUGAUGACAUUAUCGAAUCUGAUAUUGAGUUGGAUAAUUCUGAUGUUGUUGAGCCUGACAAUGAUUCUCCCCAAAAGAUGGGUGACCCUUCACUUGAAGUGACUGAAGAUAAUCAAGAAGCUGCUCAGUUACUGAAAGCAAAAGCUAUUAAUGCAAUGACUGAUGGUAAGUUUGCUGAAGCCGUAGAUCAUCUUACAGAAGCAGUAUUGUUGAAUCCAAAGUCGGCGAUAUUAUAUGCAAAUAGAGCUAAUGCCUUUGUCAAACUAAACAAACCAAAUGCUGCAAUCCGAGAUGCUGAUGCAGCUUUGCAGAUCAAUCCUGACUUAGCAAAAGGAUAUAAAGCCCGGGGAAUGGCUAGGGCUAUGUUGGGCUUAUGGGAAGAGGCCGUUUCUGAUUUGCAUGUGGCUUCGAGAUUGGAUUUCGACGAGGAGACUGGCUCGAUCCUCAAGAAAGUUGAACCUAAUGCAAAGAAAAUUGAAGAGCACCGCCGAAAGUACGAACUCCUGAGGAAAGAGAAGGAGCUGAAGAAAAUCGAGCUCGAAAAGAAGAGGCAACAAGAUGCUGAAGCUGCUGCUGCCUUCAAAGAUGGGGAAGUAAUCGAGCUUGAUUCUCGCAAAGAUUUAGAAGAAAAGCUGAACGCGGCAAAAAAGGCUUCACGGCUGGCAAUCAUCUAUUUCACGGCCAAAUGGUGCGGGCCAUGCCGUUACGUUUCUCCAGAAAUCACUAGCUUAGCUAAAAAAUAUCCGAAAGUUGUGUUUUUAAAAGUCGAUAUAGACAAGUCAUCUGAUGCAGCUAUUGCAUGGAAUGUUAGCAGCAUUCCCAGCUUCUUCUAUGUUAAAAACGGUAAAGAGGUCGAAAAAUUCGUGGGGGUCGAUAAGAACACAGUCGAGAUGAAGAUUGUACAACAUGCCGGCUAG